AUGGCGACCGCCAAGCCGGUCACCAAUGGCCUUGACCAGGUCCGAGAUAUCAUUGAAAGGCUGCAAGCUCCCAUCACCGACCUGCCAACGCUCCUGGCAUUGCUCUGCGCGCCCCUUGCUGCGCUUGGACUGUUACCGCCGCGAUUCAGAGACCACAACCAAAACCCGUUACCAGACGGCGCCUUCAAGUUAGGCCGACACAUACCGUCCAUCCAAGAGGCCAUCUUGUUGAAGAUCGUGCCGACAUGGGAGCAGGAGCUUCGGGAGAACGACGUGCUGCUGCUCGCCGAUCAACACUUCUGCCCGGAUUCGUUCUGGUGCGCGACCGAUGAAGCGGGAGACAUCGCUCUGCUUGCAUACUCCACGCUAUUGUCGACGCCGUUGACCGUUUAUUCGCUUCGUCUCCUGAGUCGCUUGACGAGAGAGUAUCCCAUUGAUCGUCUGUUUCAAGCAGUGUUCACGCGCAAAGGUUCCACAUCGGCGUUGUCCCCACACGAAUAUCAGAAAAGGUCGAUUCAAUGGGAGGACUGUGUGCAGAACAUCGUCUCAGUUCCUGCAAAAGUCGCCAAUGCAGCCCUAGCGAACAAGAUCGCAAUACCAGAGCUUUUGGAGCAUGGGGCGUACUUCAAUAACCUUUGCAUUCGAUACGAACAGUUGAUAUGCUCGCUCUCGACCGCGCCGCUAAACAAUGAUAUUGUGUCUUCAGUAGCAUAUUUACUUGGCAAGCUAGUAAACGUUGGUGUGUUUCCGCCAACGCGUCCCACAUCGCGGUCACAACCCUCGUUCUUCCUCUCCACCCUCUCUUCGAUCCGGGGUAACCUCAGAGCUUUGAAUGGCGCCCAAUAUGCCAGCCUCUGGCACGAAAUCCUCGACCAACUGCCUUCAAUCUCCACCACACAAUCUAUCCUAACAUCCUUGUUUUCCUCCUUAUCCAUUGGCUUUGAUUCCGAUCCAGGCGUUGGCCCGAAUGCACGCGUCAAGGCGGAAGCCUCGCUACUUCUGGAUGUCGUUGGCCAUCUUGGGGAAGCUCGCGGCGAGCUAUGGGACUCUAUCACGUCGAUUACACUAAACCGUGGAUGGACUGAAUGGCACGCUCGAAUCUUAGUAUGUUGGGUGGCUGGCGCUCAAUCUGACAACGCCGACGAUGCUACCAUUGGAGCCUGGCUCAGUACCAUUGUAGACGUCUGGUCAUCCCCGGAUCACAUCAAAUACUCUCUUCUAUCCCAACACCAAUAUCUGACCAGUUUACUCCUCUUCGCUAUAUCUUACCUGCCUCCAUCGUCCCCACAUUUGUCUUCUAUCGGCCUCUCACCAACCUUUAUUUCGGGAGUAGGUACCUACAUCAGUCACAACGAUCAGGGCGUUCGUCUCUGUGGCAUGCUGGCUGCCGAAGUCGUUGCUCACCGCACAGGACGCGAGCUUGCUUUCGGGGAUUGGGACGGCGACAGCCCAGGAAAGGCGUGGGCCAGAAACCUACGGCAGAAACUACAGUUCCGAGACAUUGAUGCCCUCCUGGAUGAAGAUGACGUAGACAUCGACGUGCCUACCCCCGCUGAACAAGCUCAGCUCCAGGCAACAGAAGGACACCCGACUCAGAAGCCAACCAUUGUCCUAGCCACCGAGUCUGGUUAUGAUUCGGAUGACUCACUUGUUGGUUAUCAAUCCGAGGCAUCGUCUCGGUCUGCUUCACCCACGCCUUCUGCGCUCGCUGAAAUAGAGAAAGAGCCAACGUUGAACGUCGGAGUGAAGAAGGUCGCACGGCCUGUAUACCUCGCUCAACUCGGUGAACUCCUGCGGAGUCAGGCUGGGACUCAAGGCAAAGACGACCCACACCACGCAGACAAAAUCGAGAUGGCCCUGAAUUGUGCUGAAGAGCUUAUCAGGAGGAAACGGAACUACGGGACAGAGCUAGAAGAAAACGCCGUGAACCUCGUCUACGCUUUAGUCACCCUUCAAGACAACUACGAUCUAGAUAACUUUGAGAGUAAGCGACAAGCUGCUCUCAAUGCUCUGGUUAGCUGCUGUCCUCGGAAGGCUGCUCCUUGCAUUAUCGAACAAUUUUUCGUAAACCAGUACUCCAUAAGCCAACGGUAUGUCAUGCUGAAUGCGAUCGCUAUCGGCGCACGAGAAUUAGCCUCGCUCCCAGUACCUCCUUCCGCUUCAAGCGUUCCAGCAGACCGGCCUUCGUUUCCUAGUAAACUCCUCCCCGCUCAUCUGCACACUAAGUACCUUACCGCCGGGGAUACCAACCAAAUUCAGCAAAUCACGGAUAACCUGAGCCGGGUCGCGAUUGACAAAACCAAGUCAGACGAUGGUGACAAAGUUCCAGGAAUCGCUCGUGAGAGGCGGCUACGAAUCAACCAGUCUUCUAAAAUCACUGCUGUCGAACCCUUAAAGAAAAACAAUCAGUUCCCUUGGCAGAAUGCGCCGCCGGUCAAGAAUACGACAUUUACGGAAGUCGCGGCGGAAUACUUCAUCAUUCCCUUCCUAAACAGAUUCUGGGUAUUCAUUCGAGACGAACAGACCCGCGAAGAACGUACUGCACACCUCAGCGGGCGAGCACGAUACCACGGGGCAGGCACCGGUCUCAUACUCAAUCCAAUUGUGCUUUCGCAUUUCUUGAGUACCAUGACCGUGUUGGUGCACGCAGCACAGAAUGCGCCAGAAUGGCUCGCCAUCAUUGCUCCCGAAGCUCUGGAAUUUGCAUUAACGGUGGGCACUCGGCCGAUAUCCCUCCCCGACGAUGAUGACGAGCACAGCAUUGUAACCGGUCAAUCACCAGAAGAGUCUGCAAGAAACAAGGAGGCGUCAGUCCUGAGUGCCAGCCUGGAGUUGGCUUUGAUCGUAUUGGAUGGAGCUAAGGAGGUCGAUGACGGACGGUCACUGGGAUUGGAGCACACUGCGUUGCUCAUGGGCACUGGGGAAUGGGCGGGAACAUUAUUCGCACGUCUUGAGUCAGGCAGGAAGGCAGAAGGUGGGGGCGGGGUCCAAGAUAUAAAGUUGCGACGGGCUGCAGCUGGAGUGUUGCUCAAGGUGGAUGAAAUUACGUCGAAGUGGCGUAGGUCUAUGAUAGAUUCUGCUAAUAUAUAG